GAUCGUUUUCGAGCGGUUUCUUCUUCUUCUUCUUCUUUUUUGUCUGGGUUUUCGUUGAUCGGUGGUUCUCGCUCGAAUUUCAAGUUCAUUUCUUUGUGCGAGAUGAUGGAUUGACUCUAAUGGGGCAUCGAAUCAAUUUGUUCAUAAUCGGAAAAAAAAAGCCUUUUUGAUUCUGACUGGUGGUGGGUGCGAGGUAAGUUAUCCGCUCGGAGUGGCCAUGUAUGUGUCUCUGUGUCCUGUGAGAUGACUGGUAAUCUGAUGGAAAAGGCAAGCAUAUAUAACUUCCAAACCGCAAUUUGCUUAUGUGUUGCGAAUCAUGGCUCAUGGCUCUGAUGUGAUCUCCCUUCCAUUUGCAGUGAAUUUUUCUCCUCUGCUUUGUUUCCCUACCGCUCUUCGUACAUCCCCUUUUGAUCAUCCCCUCUAUUGCUUUCCCGACUGACUAAAGGAACAUCUUUUAAAUCAACUGGCUAAGUACUCUGCUUUCACUUGCAUUAGUCCGAAUCGAGUAAGAGGAGAUUACUGCAGAGAAAAGGGCACUGUCCAGACUCUAAAGGUAGGGAGGCUUCGACCCAGUCCCAAUAGUUUUUGACGAUCACGAGCCAACAAUCCCAGGGUUUCUCCUCGUUUUCGAGUGGCUUUUCUGGGUUUUUGUUGGUUGACGGUUCUUUCUCGAAUUUCAAGUUCGUUUCUUCGGGCGAGAUUCGAUGGAUCGACCCUAAUGCGGGUAUUACGUCAUGAGAUUUUUCAUAAAGCUUCAAACAAGUAGGCAAUGACGGACUCAGAAUCGGAUAGCAUGAUGGAGGACGUUAACUUCUUGAGCGACAUUUCUGACGAGAGUGGUGAAUGGGUCAUGGUCGAACAAGAAAUGGAGUCCUUGGACCUGAAUGGCGAGAGGAGUGAUUGCGAAUGCUCCUCUCCUGAGAGUGAUUCCAUCAAAAAAGAAAUGCAGUCCUUGCAUCUCAAUGAUGUGCUAGAAAUCGUUCAUCAAAAGCCUAAUCCUGUUGGAGAAUUCACUAGAAGGAUAAUGCAGACCAGGGGAACUUGCAUUGAAGAGGUCGUUAGGGAGCAUGUUCUCCCUUUGCUUCCUGCCAAAUCGCUGUGCAGAUUCAAAGCUGUUUGUCGAGGAUGGAAUCAAUGGAUUUCAAGUCCGUUUUUAGCCCACAAGCAAGCAAUGCUGUUCCAACGCAUCUCUGGCUUCUUUUGCCAGAAACCUGGUUAUGGUUGCCACUUCAUUCCUCUGGACCCAAAAACACAUGGCAUGCGAGAUCCAUAUCUUACAUUCAUGCCCGGACCCGUCAAUAUCCGCUCCAUUUGCAAUGGCUUGCUUUGUGUCCAAGGAGUUGAUGACACCUAUUAUAUUUGCAACCCUGUAACGAAGUAUUGGAAAAUGCUUCCAAAUCCGAGUUUCUAUCAUGGGCCUGGAACAGUGAUUUCCCUAGCCUUCGAGCCCUCGAUGUUCAACUUCACCGAAAAUUUUGAGCUAGUUUGUGCAGUUCCAGUUACUGAUGCGGGAUGUAUAGUUUUUGAGAUUUUCUCAUCAAGGUCAAGGACUUGGAGGGCCUCAGACGACAUCUGCUUUGAGCUGGCAAAUGCAACAUUCAUCGGUGAUGCAUGCUAUCGUGAUGGAUCUGCUUAUUGGGUGGUUGACUGUGGGGUAAUACUCGUCUUCAAUUUGAAAAUUGACCAUUACAGUAUCAUACAAUUACCUGAUGGAAGCUGUCCUAAUGGUAUUGUGACCGAGAUGCAUGGGGAGUUGUGUUAUGUGGCGGUCCUCAGAGAAGGCGCUGAUCUUGCUAUACACAUCUACGGUGGAAUGGAUAUGAACUCGAGACAUAGGAUCUGCAUCCCAUGGGCGUGUCCAGGAAACGUUCUGAGGCAAGUUCGCCUUAUGGGUUGUGUUGACGGGGAUGUCCUCCUGGUGAGUAUAGGAGACGCCGUGAUAUCACAUUGUGUCUCCACAGGAGAAACUCGGAUGUUGGGUGUGGACCGGAUGCGCGGAGAAUGCACCAUGAUGAGGUAUCUGCCCUACGUGAACAGCCUGGUAGAUGUGAAUGAGCUCCCCGAGCUCUGUGACAAUCUGGAGAGCAUGGAAUUCAGACCGUGACAUGAGCUGGUACUGGUUUCUGGUGCUUUCCAACCUGUUUGAAUUUUCUGUAGAGUUUGGUUUCGGGGAUUCCACUUGGGAUUGUGUGAAGAUUUUGAAUUCCGUCCAUUGGUCUGCCGAUAACUUUAGAGUCCUCUGGUACGUGUUUCAGGGAAUAAUUGUAAUGGUUGAUACCAUAUUUCCGUGUAACUUGUUAGGUCGUCUUUCGGAGUAAUACAUCGGUUGGCUUUAUGAACACGGGUUUAUUGAUAGGGUUCUUAUAACUAAAGAUGGGGCAUCCUGUCACUAGAUAAUUUCGGCUGAUGGGCAAAUUGUUUACUUUGAA